CCGGGCAUGGUAACGGCUCGCCGGCCGACGGGGCUGGGCUGGACGGAGGCGGAGGAAGCCGUGUCGGCCGCGGCCUGUUCCGUGUGACCCGCGCGGACCCCGCCUCAGCCAUGAUGAUCCACGGCUUCCAGAGCAGCCACGAGGACUUCUCCUUCGGGCCGUGGAAGCUGACGGCGGCCAAGACCCACAUCAUGAAGUCGGCGGAUGUGGAGAAGUUAGCCGAUGAAUUGCAUAUGCCAUCUCUCCCUGAAAUGAUGUUUGGAGACAACGUUUUAAGAAUCCAGCAUGGCUCUGGCUUUGGGAUUGAAUUCAAUGCUACAGAUGCCUUAAGAUGUGUAAACAACUACCAAGGAAUGCUUAAAGUAGCCUGUGCCGAAGAGUGGCAGGAAAGCAGGACGGAGGGUGACCACUCCAAGGAGGUUAUUAAACCAUACGAUUGGACCUAUACAACAGAUUAUAAGGGAACAUUACUUGGAGAAUCACUUAAGUUAAAGGUUGUACCUACAACAGAUCAUAUAGAUACAGAGAAAUUGAAAGCCAGAGAACAGAUUAAGUUUUUUGAAGAAGUUCUCCUGUUUGAGGAUGAACUUCAUGAUCAUGGAGUUUCAAGCCUGAGUGUAAAAGUUAGAGUAAUGCCUUCUAGCUUCUUCCUGCUGUUGCGGUUUUUCUUGAGAAUUGAUGGGGUGCUUAUCAGAAUGAAUGACACAAGACUUUACCAUGAGGCUGACAAAAGUUACAUGUUACGAGAAUAUACAUCACGGGAGAGCAAGAUUGCUAAUUUAAUGCAUGUUUCACCUUCGCUCUUCACGGAACCUAAUGAAAUAUCACAGUAUUUACCGAUAAAGGAAGCCGUUUGUGAGAAGCUAGUGUUUCCGGAAAGAAUUCCAGAAAGGAUUGAUUCUAAUCCUGCAGACUCACAAGACAGUACUCCUAUGGAAUAGAAUGUGAUACAACAUACGUUCACCGUGCACUCUUGACUGGAGACCCUGGCUAUUUGGAGGGGGGUAUUUUGUUAUGAGAAUUAAUUGCCUUGUCUCUGUGCAGUUUUUCUGUAGCCUUCGAGGAAAAAAAUAAAAAGAUUGUUGCAGGCAGGUUCCACUCAACUGCUGUUUGUACUGUCUGUCUUCAAAGUCAUAUUCCAGACUUAAGUUUUCUGAAGUUAAAUUCAGAUUUCUAGAUUAUCGCAAAGUGGGACCUCACCAGUCGUGACGUGUGUGUCUCAUGAGCAGUGGGCACAGUCUGCAUCUGUCAUGACACACUGUCCUCUGCCGUGAGGAGGUUCAUUUGAAUCACUGAAUUGCAACACUUGUGACUUCGUAGGAUUCUUGAUUGUGCAUGUUGAUGUACUGGCUUUUUACCUUGGACUUUUUGAUGUUUACUCGUAUUUCUGGAGAGUCAUGACUUGCCUCUUAGGAAAUUGAUCUCAUACUAAUGAUCUUUACCGGGAAAUUAAAAAAAAAUUACCCCCAAAAUUUAACUUAGCUUUUGAAGUUUAAAGAAAGUUUCAGACAUAGAACCAAAUUACCUAGGUCUUUCUUUGGAGCACAUAAGGUAGUAUGUCCAUGGACGCACGUGAACGUGGUUUGCCCCUGAGAGGUAGGAUGUCAGAGCUGUCUUUCCUCCCUCUUUAGGUGCUUUUUCUCAUGUGUGGUUCUACUUGUACUGGCAUUUUUUACUUCCACCCUCCAUGCAACCUCAGAGUGAAUAAAUCCAUUGAAUGUUGAAUUUGGCAUUGGUCCUAAAAAGUUUGAAGAGUUAAUGUGGAUUGUUUUAAGCAAAUAUUACAUCCACCCAUAAAGCAAUCAGAUUAACUUUCUGCUUAAAAUAUUUGAGAGGUAGCUGUGGUGGGAGAGAGCUUAUUUUACAGUGGGAAAGCCAGUUUUUCCAUUUUAAGAUUAAGAUACAUGGUUUUAACAUUUCAGGGGGUCCAGUAAAAUGUAAUUAAUUAGUAUAAGACCUAGGUAGUACAGAAAGUACACAAAAGUAAGUUUAAAAUCCGUGUGGUUAUUUUGAUGAUGACCCUUUAAACAUUUUAUAUUCUUUUCUGCCUUUCUAAAUAGUCUUCAUAAAGUGAAAAGUAGUUAUAAAGCACCAAGUAAGGAAUUACUUGAAAUGGAUUUUUAAAAAUAGUUUUUUACAGGCAGGGGGAAAAAAUCAUCCCUUUUUUUCUGGUUUGAAAUAACUGUUGUACUUAUUUCCACUUGAUGCAUAAAUCGUUGAAUAAGAAUAUUUAAUUGAAAGUAUUAGCAAAGAUCUUCAGGUAUUAACCUGAAGAUAAAUUUUAAUGAAACAAGUACAAUUGGAUAUUCAUCAUUGCUCAGACUCUGGUAUAUCGUUGUGUGGUGGUGUUUAGCUAAUUUUAUUAGCUAAAUUUGGUCAUAAAUGGUUUUGGUAUUUGCCUUCUGCUGUGUCACCUGCAGGGCCUAGGAAAUCAGGAUUUUGUUGGCUUUAAGGAAAUACGUGGCGUGUUCACUGUAUAUUAAAUAUACUGUAUUUAAUGUUUUCUCUUAGGACAGAAAAGUGUAUAUAUUGUCCUCAGCUUUCUGUUUUACUUUAUUUGCCAUUCAGAUUUGAACAGAACAAACUCUUUGUUCAUACAAAUUAUAAGAAAUGAAAGACUUGUAAGAAUAUUCAUUAGUUGAAGUUUCUGGGCAACAUCAUAUAUAUUUUUAACUUGAUUCCAAUGUCUUAGUCCCUGAGUCAGUCUUCAAUUACUUAUUUUGAGAAUCCAUUGUUAAAAAUUGUAGGGAAUUAAAAGAAUUGAUGGCUAGGAUGAAUGUACUUCAGAAGACAUUAGUUUAUUCCUGUGGAGAAUACCAAGAAAACCUGUACUUGCCCAUUGCUAAAUAAGACAUCUACCAGUUUAUAUUUAUUUGUCCUGAGUCUCUUUUUGUAAGAGGAUAAUAAACAAUAAGGAAUUACUGAUCUAUGUUUUGCUAUUUCAGUUUUUCUUGAAGCUUAAUUAAAGAAUGGUUUGGUGUACCUUU